AUUAGCGCGCCUCUCAAAUUUACUUGCUACAUGUGUUUUUCUGAUGGAGUCCGAUAAUGAUAUUAAUAACCAUUAUAACACUGUAUGCGAUUCAUUUGAUCGUAUGAAUUUAAAAGAAAAUCUUUUACGUGGAAUUUUUGCAUAUGGUUUUGAAAAACCUUCUGCAAUACAACAAAGAGCUAUAAUACCAUCAAUUGAAGGACGUAAUGUAAUAGCUCAAGCUCAAUCAGGUACUGGAAAGACAGCUACAUUUAGUAUUGCUAUAUUACAACAAAUCUGUACAACAGAUCCACGUUGUCAAGCUCUAGUAUUAGCUCCAACUAGAGAAUUAGCGAAACAAAUUCAAACGGUA